AUGGCUGCCUCGAGCGACUCUUCGUCUAUCAGCGUCACUGUCAGAGUCAGGCCAUUCACGAUUCGGGAGGCAGCUCAGCUCACCAAAUGUGAAGAUGGCCCACUGUUUCUCGGUGACGGUUCUCUGGCCGGGGCGCCAGCCCCAAAGCUGAACCAGAAGGGCCUCCGUUCUAUUAUCAAAGUCAUUGACGACAGGUGCCUAGUAUUCGAUCCCCCCGAAGACAAUCCCGUACAGAAAUUCUCGAGAAGUGUUGUUCCCAACGGGAAACGUGUAAAAGACCAGACCUUCGCGUUCGACAAGAUCUUCGAUCAAAAUGCCAGCCAGGGUGAAGUCUAUGAAUCAACGACAAGAAGCCUUCUCGAUAGCGUCCUUGAUGGAUACAAUGCCACCGUGUUUGCUUAUGGUGCGACCGGGUGUGGAAAGACACAUACAAUCACUGGUACCCCCCAGCAGCCAGGUAUAAUCUUCCUCACAAUGCAGGAGCUUUUCGAGCGCAUUGAGGAGAGAUCAAGUGAGAAACAGACGGAGCUGUCUCUUUCGUUCUUGGAAAUCUACAACGAAACAAUUCGCGAUCUUCUUGUUCCCGGCGGCGCAAAGGGCGGCCUCUCCCUUCGAGAAGACUCAAACAAGGCGGUAUCGGUAUCCGGAUUGUCAAGCCACAGCCCGAAGUCCGUGCAGGAAGUUAUGGACAUGAUCAUGAAGGGUAAUGCGUGCCGGACAAUGUCUCCAACCGAGGCGAACGCAACUUCUUCUCGGUCUCAUGCGGUUCUUCAAAUCAACAUAGCACAAAAAGACAGAAACGCCGACAUCCACGAGCCACACACUAUGGCAACCUUCAGCAUUAUCGAUCUGGCAGGAAGCGAGCGUGCGAGCGCAACGAAAAACAGGGGAGAAAGACUAUUUGAAGGUGCUAACAUCAACAAGUCUCUCCUCGCGCUAGGUAGCUGCAUAAAUGCACUCUGCGAUCCACGCAAACGAAACCACGUCCCUUACCGGAAUUCGAAACUGACACGACUCCUUAAGUUCUCGCUGGGCGGCAACUGUAAGACAGUCAUGAUUGUCUGUGUCAGCCCAUCUAGUCAGCAUUUCGACGAAACCCAAAACACCCUGCGCUAUGCCAACCGGGCAAAGAACAUCCAAACCAAGGUUACGCGAAAUGUUUUCAACGUGAACCGCCACGUCAAGGACUUCCUGGUCAAAAUUGAUGAGCAGAUGGCUUUGAUUAACGAACUCAAAGCGCAGCAGAGGGAAUCAGAGAAAGUUGCCUUUGCCAAAUUCAAGAAGCAAUCCGAAAAGAAGGAUACUGCUGUACGGGAAGGCCUCGCUCGCAUUCGAAACGCCUAUGACCAUUCGUUACCGGAGAGACAGGAGAGAACCAACAACAUGAUAAAAUUGAAACAGGUUAGCCGCAGGAUCGGCCUACUGUCUUCUUGGAUUGCAGCUUUCGACAAUGUUUGCGCGAACUCUGAAAACGAACUGCCACUGUCAAAUCUGCAAGCUGUCCGGAAAGCAGCUCAAGGAAUCUUGCUGGAGCUGGAAGGAAGUAGGCAGCAUUACCAUCAGCGUCUGGCAAAGAGUACAUGGGAACGCAGUAUGGCAUCGGCCGUAGAAAACGCUGUCCAGCAACUUCAAGAAUUCAACACUAGCGACAAAAGUGACUUUACUAACCUUCGCCGCGAGGCGGAGCUGCUAAGGGCAAAUACUGAGCGAGAAGCUCUUUCGGCGGUUGCAGAACACGACAAGGCAGGAGAAGCCACGACGGUGCAGCUAUUACUUCAGGCACACUUUGAGAUAGCUGCGGCAAUCGAGAAUAUCAUGCACCUGAGCGAGGAAGAGGCCGUGGAAAUGGGUAGGCGAAGUCUAACCAAAAUGCUUGACUCGUGUUGCACCGCGACUUCAAAUGUUGUGAAACCGGACGGCAAUGUGCCGCUUAUGCCGCCCUUUAGCCCUACCAAGGCUAGCCCUUCAAAGCCGAAGAAGAGGUUGAGUCUAGCCAUUGUUCCUCCUUCAAAGAGCUUGAACGCCACGGUUGCAUUACACCCUACAGCUCCAGUCUCGCCAACGAGGGGCUCCCCUCGUCGUCGUAAGAUGGGCACCGGGAGGAAGAGCGUCAGUUUCUCGCCCAAGAAGGCACCAGCAAAGCCGCCAAAGAGGAGCGUCCGAUGGAAAGAUGACGAGGGGGACGGUACCCUAACUGAGAUUCAGAAAACACCACAGAAACGUGAGGCUAUCCCGGCCCCUCGAAAUGCUAGUCCUUACGAGCCCGCGCUCCCAAGGGCGUCUCCGAUUCCGCGUGGCAUACCAGUGCCAACCCGAAACUUCAGCCCUUCAGGCGGUUCAUCACCCAUUCCAACACCCUCCGACCAACCAUUAAGCAUUCCGAAGAAUAACAGAUUCAAGACCGGUUUUUUAUCAAAAAAGGCCGGUAGCUCCCCAAUUGCUGCCCCUCCUACAGCACCCCUUGCCCUAUCCGACCGGAAUUCACCCUUGCGUGAUAUAGAGGGCAGCAGCUUUCUAAACCGUGCAUCUGCGGAACGCCCAUCUAGAAUCGCGGUCAGAACUCCAAGCGGCAACUACUCACCCACGCCUGCGCAGCCUGACACAAAGAACGAAUGGAAGGCUAGCAAAGACGACGUGAGAAGGAUUAGCACUGCGAUGCGACGCAUCUCGAUCGGAUCUUUCGGCCCCGGCGCAUCUGCGACUGCGCUUCGUGCUCAUCGCCGGCGAAGCCCGACAUCAGCAACUUAUGGUAGCUCGCCACCAGAGAACACAAUGUUCACCGCGCAGGCAAGGCGAAUAGCCAAGGGCGACAAGGAAAUUGAAAACAAACCAGCGGUCCUAGGGCCCCGAAGCCUUCCCAUCAAGAAGAACACCAGCCAGCGGCGCACAACGUUUGGAGGGGACAUCCGUCCUAGGGACUUUAGUUUCACAGGCCGAAAUGUCCGGUUGAGUGCUAUCGGCGGGCUGUGA